AUGGGAGGUAAGGGAUCAUCUUCGUCUCUAUGCAAUGUAUUCAAAGCAUGUUUCUCAAGUGGAAACAAUGAUGAAUAUUGGGAAGGUAGUGGAAGUGGGAGAAGGAUAUUUGCAAGUGAUGAAGAUAGAGGCUGUUGGGUUGCUGAGCCUGGUAUUGAUAGGAAAGCUUCUGAUUUCAUUGCUAGAUACUAUGCCUCUCGUGUCACUGACUCUCAAAGCAAAUUUGUUUCUUGA